GUACUCCUGGCCCUAAUCCUAAAUUGAUAGGUCUUCAAAUAUGCCGUCAAGGCGAAGAUUUACGGAGAUGGCCGAAGCAGCGUUUAGUGGGUUAGGGAAAAACACAGCAUCAAGAGGCAUCGCAGAGAGGGAAGUGCCUCACAUACGUCUGGUUGGUGAUUCCGAUGUGGAGGAAAUAUACGUAUUUGGAAAAAAGUUGGGCCACGGUAGUUAUGGGGUGGUGUAUGCAGCCACACACAUUAAAACACAGAGCCGAUGGGCCAUCAAAACUGUUUGCAAGGCAGAGCCAGGAAGUACAAAAAUCAAAAUGCUGGAGCAGGAAAUCAAAAUACUCAAACAUGUGUACCACCCUCACAUAUUACGUUUGGAGGAAAUCUAUGAAACUGCUCAGAUGACAUAUUUGGUUACUGAGCUGUGUGUUGGAGGGGAACUGAAGCAGGCUUUACAACAGAAAAAGUUAUUUCCAGAGGAGGAAGCAAAACACAUCAUCGGCUGUUUAGCUGACGCCAUCACUUACCUUCACAAAAAAAACAUAAUGCAUCGGGAUUUGAAACUUGAGAACAUUCUUGUGAAAAACUCUCUUGAUGAAUGUAAUGGCAAGCUUGAUAUCAAGGUGGCAGACUUUGGAUUAUCAGUGAAGACCUUGGGUGUUGGAAGUGAAAACAUUCUUUUUGAAGUUUGUGGGACUCCAAUCUAUAUGGCACCUGAAAUGAUGAGCCAACGUGGAUACACACACUGGAUUGAUAUGUGGAGCGUUGGAGUCAUUACGUAUAUUUUGCUUUGUGGGGAGCCUCCAUUUGUGUCCAAAACAAAAGAAACCCGCCUUAAGGAGAUUAAAACAAUAGGAGUCAGAUUUUCCUCAUCUAUCUGGGACACAAUCAGUGAUGCAGCAAAAACAGUAGUGACGUGCCUCCUGAAGGCAAACCCUGCAUACCGCAUGUCAGCUAAUCAGCUGCGGGACAACUCGUGGAUUACAGGGGACACUAACACGCCCGCAAUGCCCCUCAAUGCACUCGAGAUGAUGCACAACUUUCACGAGCAGGAGAAGAGUACACAGGAGCCUGAAGAAAGCCAGAACUGCGAUUCUGUUGCCAGGACCGCUUCACCGGCUUCAUCACAGACUGAAAGCAACAGCAUGAGUCACUCAGAUCUAAGUGACACUUCCUGCACACCUUCAACAUCCACUAAGCUGACAAAACAAGAGUGCAGUAGUCAUCAUCUACAGGACAAAUGUAAAAGCUCGUCUUCAGCCCCAAAUCAUCCCACCACCCCACAGACUGGUGGGAAACCCUGCAAACAGUCGAGUGUAAAGUCACGCAAGUCUCAGCGUAAGAAGGACGUCAGCGCGGUGCAGAAAGCAGCCUCCCAUCAAAAUAGCCACAGAUCACCACCACCCACUGUAAAAGUAUGACUAACAAAGACAAGAGAUGCCUCACAUGACAGGGAAGAAAGUUGAUUUAGUGUUUUGUUUUAAUAUUAGUAUUUGGUGAUGUGUUUUGCACAUCGAAUGAUAUGGAAGUGAAUGUAUAGUGCAAUCUUGGUCACGAGUAGAUACACCGGUGAUGGCAGUGCCAAAUAAGUUUGUUAUACUCUCAGCAGCCACUGUACAUCUCGCCACAUUCAAUACAAGAGCUGCAUCUUUAUGAAGAUAGCACUCAUUUGAAUCUGCAUUGUCAGAGCUAUUCAUUUAAUAAUGUUUAUUAUUGCAGUUCCAUUUUGGAGCUUUGUACAUUGUGUACAACAUUCUACUCAGAGCUGAUUUCUUAGGUCAUUAGCUCUUAUUGGAAGCUGUUGCAAAUUAUGCCCCAUAUACACAACUCGAAACCACAACCAAAAUGUUGAGGUGUACCUAGUAAUAUGGCCAGUAUAAAAUAUAUUUAUUGUAGGAAAGCAGUUCAAAAAUCAAUGAUCUCCUGCCUGUACUGUCCUGUUUGUGCCAAAGGGACGUGGUCUGUUGGACUGAGCUCUACUGCACAAAUGUUUACUUCUAUACCAAUAGCUGUUACCAGGCUGCCCAAACAAUACAUGCGUUUGUGGAGCACUCUUUAAUGUAAUCAAAAAGGCAGAAAAAGCAACAAUGGUGAAAUAUCUGUUUUUAGUUUUUAAGCAGCAAAUUGGAGUCAGAAAAGUCACACGUCAAAGGUCUGUCCUUAUGUGGGCUCUGUAUCGAGGAUGUCGUUGUGGCUUGUACAGCCCUUUGAGACACUUGUGAUUUAGGGCUAUAUAAAUAAACAUUGAUUGAUUGAUGGAUUGAUAAUCUUUGAUAUUAAAGUGUGAAUGGCAAUUCGGAAUGGAACUGCUGGCACUGAGGUAUUGUCCUUCAAAUCGAGAAAAAAUAUUAAAUGAAUGAUGGUAUGACAAAAGAUGGCUUAUGUAGAAGAAAAUAAAAUUCAAAUCAGUACAAGGUACAACUUUUAAUUAUACAUAUUAAAGUUCUCCUAUUAUGGAAAAUGUAUUUUGAAAACAUUCUGACAGUAAUUUGUGUAUCUGCUUUACUUUGUGAUUCCACUUUUAAAAGUCAGUUUUAUGAGGUCGCGAAGGAAGAACCUACCUCAUGGACAUGAUUCUUCAUCUGACUUGCCCCGAGCAAGAUAAACCUGCUUUGUGUUUAUACGCCCACAACUUGAUGGAGGACAGCUUGCUGUAAAACCGGCUUCGCUACACAUUGUAAAGUAAAGCCUUAUGCUCUGCCAACUAUGCAUCAAUCUGCUACAGAUGUGUGAACUGUAAGUUUGAUCAUUUAGUUUUUUAAAUGCUGAAAUGUUACCAUUGUGGCUCACAUAGCUAUGCUAGUGUUGCUAAUAUUUCUGUACUCCUUUUCCAAUUCUCAAUGUUACGUUGUUGCUCCUUUUACUGUCGGGGUAA